GGCUCAAGUCUGUAAGACCAGCACAGGAGCGAUUGGUGGCACUCAUUUGAAGUCCGUUGUUCGCCCCAGUGCAGGCAUGUCCACCUUGGGGAUGGAGGGCCAUGCCAACUUUUUCAUCAAGGCGAUAGUUGCCUUGAUCCUGCUGGCAACCUUCGGAGAGCUCAGCCAGAGGUUCUACUGUUGGUUGAUGACGAUUUUCAUCAUGCACUUCAUCAUGGCCGUCGGCGCAUGACCGCCCUUGUGGGCAUGACUUUCGACGACUCCAUGGCCGUGAUCGCCACGUUGGGCAUGAUCCGGUGCGCGCCCAUCAUCUUCAAGCGGGUCCUGACCAUCGCCGCGACCUACCCUCUCGCGCUGACUUUCAAGUUUGCCUCGCAGAUCAUCCCCAAGUACACGAUCGAGGAGGAGGAGUUCUUCAAAGCGGAUGGCUGCUCGGACGAGGUGGCCCAGCGCCGUAGGAAGGCGCUCGAGGACCUCGGGAAGAAGUGGCAGACGAAGUACGCCAAGUGCCUCCAGUUCUCCGAGGAGCUGAAGAAGAUGAUUUCCGACCUCCGCUUCACGUCGGGGCGGUGCUUCCCGGCAUUCAACGGCGUCGUGCAGAAGUACUUGGACCCGUCCAUGGCCUUGGAACGGACCGAGGGCGUCGACGUCGUGGACUACGACGGCAACAAGUCCAUGGACAUCAGCGGGUCCUACGGCGUCAACGUGUGCGGCUACGAGAAGUACAAGGACUUCAUCGACGAGGGCUGGAGCAAGGCCAAGAAGCAGGGCCUCUUCCUGGGGUCCCUGGACAACACGGUGCUCGACAACAUCGCCAGGUUGCGCAAGAUCUCCGGUCACGACGAGGUGUCUUUCCAUAUGUCCGGCACGGAAGCCGUGAUGUGCGCCGUGAGGGUGGCCCGUUUCAAUACCCACAAGAGCCUCGUCGUGACCUUCGGCGGGGCGUACCACGGGUGGUGGGACGGCAUGCAGCCCGUGGCUGGCAACGAGCGCCUCCCCCAAGACGUGCUGUGCCUCAAGGACAUGAGCCAGCUGUCCCUGAAGGUGAUCGCGAUGAGGAAGGGCGAGAUCAGCGCCGUCCUCAUCAACGCGCUGCAGUGCUUCCACCUCAACCAGUCUCCUCCCAGCGACCCCGUGCUCUCCACGAACAACCGCAAGGUGGGCCCCACGCCCGGCUACAAGGAGUGGCUCCACCAGCUGCGCAAGGUGUGCACCGAGUCAGGCAUCCUCCUGAUCUUCGACGAGGUGUACACCGGCUUCCGCCUGCAUCCGCGCGGGGCCCAGGGCGCGUACGACGUCAAGGCCGACAUCGUGUGCUACGGGAAGACGCUCGGUGGCGGGUUGCCCAUAGGCGUGGUGUGCGGUCCGAAGCAGUGGAUGGCACGCGGCGAUGCCAAGAAGGCUGCCCGCAUCAACUACGUCAUUGGCACGUUUGCUGGGCAUCCCUUUGUGAUGGCCUGCAUGAACGCCUUCCUGAAGUGGCUCGACACGCCAGAGACCUUGAAGUCCUACGAGGACAUGCAGGGCAACAUCGACUACUUCAUCAGCACGGCCAACUCUAAGUUCAAGGAAAAGGGGUACCCAGUGAAGUUGACGAACUGGUACUCGGUCUGGUCCAUCCUCUACACCCAGGAGGGCCGUUACCACUGGAUGUUCCAGUAUUACUUGAAGGACGCGGGCGUGAACCUCAGCUGGGUGGGCACAGGGCGCCUUUUGUUUUCGCUGGAGUGGAAGCGCGAGGACUACGACCGCCUCCUGGACAAGAUGCUCGUCGCCUGCGAGCAGAUGACGAGUGGUGCGCCUUGGGAUUUGCCAGUGCUUGCCUGAUGAGUCAAGCUCAUGGGCGAGAUUGGCCAGGCGGUCCUCAAGAACAUCAUGUCCUCGGCCGCGUGAUCGUAGGAAUGAAGCGAAUAUAUCGCCAGUGGGUCAUCGCUCGGGACGAGCAUUCUUCUUCUUAUCAAUUGUGUGUAAACGGAUGUGUCCUUAAUUCUAUGUGGGUGUUCAUGAUUCUUGGAGAUAGCAGUACAGUACAGGUAGGUGGCGGCUUGUAGAUGCAGUGCGCACUGCGCACGAGGGGUGCGCACGAAGCCUGCGCAAUGACCGAAUCAUUCCACAGCUGUUUGACACGCCGCUAGUGCCUCUCGCUUGUUGAUCCCGCCAUGGCGCCUUCAAUUCUCGUGGCUUUCGCUGUAGAGCAGAACCAGCAUAAGAGGGUGCCCUGCGUGCGAGAGGCGAAAA